AAAAUUGGUGUCCUCUAAGUAUAGAUACAUAAAAUAUAUAUACGUCUGCAUAUACAUAUAUAUAUAUGUGCAUAUGUUUUGUUGGUUGGAAAAGAUAAUAUAAUAAAUAAGAUGAUGAUGAAUGGUGAGCAGAUGAUGAUGAAGGCUGACUAUUCAAAGUCAAGAAGAAAGCCGUUUGGAAAUAAAAAGGUUUCUUCUUCUUCUUUUUCAUUGCCAUCUUCACAAAAAAACAUGGUGGCAGAAGCACAAGAAAUGCAUGAGGUUGUGGAUUUGAGUGCUAUGUCUUUAGACACCCUCCCUAUCUCAUCUAAUAUUAAUUUAGCUAUUAUUCAUGUUUUGGAUAUCUCCAAUAACAACCUUCAGGUGAUACCCGAGUCGUUAGCGGCACGGCUGCUAAAUAUUGUGGUGUUGGAUGUUCAUUCAAAUCAACUAAAAACUCUACCAAAUUCAAUUGGUUGUUUGUCAAAGCUCAAGACUCUCAAUGUUUCUGGCAAUCAUCUUGAGUUACUACCAAAAACUAUUGAAAAUUGCAGGGCACUUGAAGAUUUAAAUGCAAAUUUUAACCAGCUGACAACACUGCCGGACACCAUCGGAUUUGAGCUGGUCAACCUCAAGAAACUCUCAGUCAACUCAAACAAACUCAUCUUCCUCCCUUCCUCCACCUCUCACCUCACCAAUCUCCGCCACCUCGAUGUCCGUCUCAACCGCCUCCGAUCACUCCCUGAUGACCUCGAAAACCUUAUCAACCUCGAAAUAUUUAACGUCAGCCAAAACUUUCAGUACCUUGACAAACUCCCCUACUCCAUUGGUCUCCUCAUAUCCCUCGUCGAACUCGACGUUAGUUAUAACAAACUAACCUCCUUACCCGACUCCAUCGGCUGCUUGAAACGGCUCCAGAAGCUCAGUGUCGAGGGGAACCCGCUGGUGUCUCCGCCCCCUGAGGUGGUGGAGAGGGGGGUUCAGGCAAUUAAGGAAUAUAUGAGUGAAAAGAUGACCGGAUCCCAUCAGAACUCCCCAAAGAAAAGGUCAUGGAUUGGAAAAUUGAAGAAGUAUGGGACUUUUAAUGGGAUUAAAAUGACGCCGGAGAGAGAAGGGUACUUGAUGCCGAACUACCGGACGAUAGACGGACUUGCUUCGCCGAGGUACAUGGGCAUGUUCUCGCCGCGACGGCUUUUCUCUCCGAAGAGCCAUUUUGCAAGAUGAAGAACGUUGUGGUGGUUUGCAAAAUAAAAGACUUGAUUAAUGUGUUGGUAAUUACGUACGUACGUACGUGCUGACAUGUUAUGCAUGUGCAUGGGCAUAUGCUAUGGGUGUGUAACUCUUUUUUUUUUUUAAUGUUGUAGGAGUGUUAAAAACCUUAUCAUUGUGGAAAUUAUGAUGUGUAACAGAUAAUGUAAGAUAUUGCUGUACUGGUGAAUUCAAACUUUAUUAUGGAUAUGAAUUUAAGAUGAUGUAGAAUUUGAAA